ACAUCGGAGUCGAGUCGGAGUUAACCCACCUUUUGAAAAUUGAUACCCAGCUAUGCAGACUUGGCUUGAUUGACUUUGCACUUCUUCACUGCUGUUUUUGUGUUAUUUGGUACCUUGUCGUGCAAUGUCUUCCUCGACGUCUUCGUCUGCUACGCCUAAGAUACCCACUUCGGUCAUCAUCGUCGGAAGCGGUGCUUUUGGCCUCUCCACAGCAUGGGCGCUCUGCAGAAACCCUGAAUUCACCUACACCUCGAUCACUGUCAUAGAUCGCCAGACAUUUCCAACUCCAGACAGCUCCAGUAUUGACACUUCCCGCAUUAUCCGCCCUGACUAUGCUUCCCCACCCUACAAUCGCCUGGCGAACAUUGCGCAGGACCGCUGGCGCACUGACUUUGCCACCGAGGAGUAUCACGAAACUGGCCUGUGCUUGACAGCAUGGGCAAAGGAACAACAAUAUGUACAGAAGUCACUCGAGAACGUUCGCAGGAUCGGCACGGACAGAAUUGAGGUUCUGGACUCACCUCAGGAGAUUGGGAGAGCAGCCGGCCUGGAAGGCGACGAUGCAUGGGGCAACGGCAGCACAGGAUAUGUAAACUGGAGCUCUGGCUGGGCCAACGCGGAGGGCGCCAUGAUAUGGCUGCGCGAAAAGGUUGAGAAGAUGAAUCGCGUCAACUUCGUUGUCAACGGUGUCAAGAAGCUCCUUAUUGACCACAAGACCAAUAAAGUCUCCGGUGUCCGCCUCAGCGACGACACUGAGCUCACCGCAGAUCUGACCAUCUUAGCCGCCGGCGCAUGGACAGCCUCGCUCAUUGACUUGCGCGGCAUUUGCAAAGCAACCGGUCAGGUUAUUUGCUACAUGCCAAUUAGCGACGCUGAACAAGAGCGACUCGGCAAGAACCCUACGAUUCUGAACCUCUGCCACGGCCUCUUUAUCAUUCCCCCCUCCAACAACCUCCUCAAAGUAGCUCGCCACGGCCACGGCUAUGUCAACCCAACUACAAUCCCUCACCCUGAAUCCGACGAUCCCAAUGCCACAAUCACAACCUCUCUUCCAUAUACCGCUGUCGACGACCCGACCCAGGCCGUCCCCAAAGAGGGCCAGCAAGAUCUGCGCAACUUCCUGACUGCUGUCCACCCCUCCAUCUCCGUACCUUCUCGCCCCUUUACCAAGAGCAAAAUCUGCUGGUAUACCGAUACUCGCGACGGCGACUUUCUGAUUGACUACCAUCCCAAGUACUCGGGACUUUUUGUCGCAACAGGCGGGAGCGGGCACGGGUUCAAGUUCCUGCCGGUCAUCGGAGAUAGUAUUCUGGAGUGUGUGCUGGGCCGGACUCCCAAGGACUUUGUUGGCAAAUGGGAGUGGCCGGCUGAGCGACUGCCGGAGGAGCAGUGGCCUGGUGAUGGAUCGAGGGGUGGGCCCAAGGGAUUGGUGUUGGCUGACGAGAUGGCCAGGGGUAAGAGCAGCUUGUAAUCGUAUCAAGUUGCGUGGAGGGAAUGGACAGGGAAGGCGUUUGCAUUUAAAGAUCGGUUGCAUAGAUUGGCCAUCAUCACAGCUCGGCGCACUGUUAUUAUUACCACAGCUCGGCGCAUCAUUAUUUUAUCACAGCUCAGCGCAUUGUUGUUAGAACCACAUCAUGCACAUCAAACAUGAUUUUUAAGGACUUAGUUGCACAUACAGUCUCAAUCAGAGUAUACCACAAUCUUUAUGGGCAUACAAGCCCCAGUCUCUCAA